AUGUCGAAGAAGACUCUGUCCCCGUCCGGUGUUCUUCACGAUGAACUCAUCACCGAGAUCCUUUUGUUACUUCCUAUAAAAGCUCUUCUUCAAUUAAAGUGUGUAAGUCAUUCUUGGAACACUCUUAUUUCCGAUUCUGCUUUUGAGAAAUUUCAUCUCAAGAGAUCUACAACAUCACAGAAUACACACUUCACGCUAAUCACUCAGCACUUCAUACCUGUCGAGGGAGAAAGUUAUUGCCACCGUUAUAACACUGUCAUUCCAUGCCCUAUAACUCAUUUAUUUGAUAAUCCCGCGUCUACCUUUGUCGCUGAUUCUCAUUACCUUUUAAACAAUGACGAUCACCCUCCCUUUAUUAUUGUUGGUUCCUGCAAUGGAUUGAUCUGUUUGCUUUAUCUUGAUUUCACUUACACCCAUGAAGAGUACUGGUUCCAAUUAUGGAACCCAACCACUAGAAAAAUAUCUCAAGAUCUGGGAUAUUCUCGUCAUUCAAAAUUAGGCUUUAUUUUCAAUUUUGGUUGUGAUGAUUCUACCGGCACUUUUAAAGUGGUUGCCUACCGCUUCAUUCCUGAAGGAAAUACAAGUGAGGUGAAAGUUUUCACGGUUGGCGAUAAUGCUUGGAGAAAAAUUGAAAGUUUCCCAAUUACUCCUCUUGCUUAUUCGUUGUUUUCACAAUUUAUGGGUAAUAGGUCUGAUGGUGAAAUUAGUGUUGAGGACCUUGUUAUUGUUUCUCUUGAUCUGGGGACAGAGACAUAUAAUCGGUAUCUAUUGCCUCAGGGUUUUGAUGAGUUGUCGUCUGGAAAGCCAACCAUUAGUGUAUUGGGGGAAUGUCUUUGCUUUUCUUAUUUUCACACGGGAACCGGUAUUGUCAUGUGGCAGAUGAAGAAAUUUGGUGUUGAAGAGUCUUGGAUUCAAUUUCUUAAAAUUAGCUAUCAUGUUGUUCAAUUAUACUAUGACUUUACUUACAAUCAUUUUCAAUUAUUGCCAUUGUUUCUUUCUAAGGAUGGUGAUUCAUUGAUAUUGUGCAGUAAUGCUAUGGAUGGGGUUAAUGGGGGAGCAAUUAUAUAUAAUUGCAAAGAUAAUAUUGUGCAGAAAAUAAGAGUUAAUGUGAAAAAAACUAUUACUGAUGAUGAAAGUGAUAAUAUUUUAUACUUGGAUUUGGCCGUGGGGUAUAGUUUCGGGUAUAGUGUUCAUAAACAGAUAGAAGAAUAUGGAUGA